AUGAGUGAUUCUUCCACAAUCCAUGUGCCCGAAGCAACUGUCGGCUCCGUGAGUGAACGUGGCGAAGCGAUGCCCGAGGAGGAAUUGGACACCCUAGAUGGUUACGAGUACGUCGUGGUUGGCUCAGGAGCCGGCGGAGGACCAUUAGCCGCCAAUCUCGCCCGGAAUAACCACAGAGUUCUUCUACUAGAAGCAGGCGAUGACCAGGGAUCCAACCUCAACCAACAGGUUCCUGCUUUCCAUCCCAAAUCAACAGAGGACGAGAAGAUGCGCUGGGACUACUUCGUCAAACAUUACGCAGACGAGGAAGACGCGCAAAAAGACUCGAAAAUGACCUGGGAGACACCCACGGGAACGCUUUAUAUCGGAUUGAAUCCACCCAGCGGAUCAAAGCCGAAAGGAAUUCUCUACCCGCGUGCAGGGACCCUUGGUGGUUGUACAGCUCACAAUGCCAUGAUCACCAUCUAUCCUCACGAAAAUGAUUGGUCAAACAUCGCCAGCCUGACAGGCGAUAAUUCGUGGCAGCCGAACAAUAUGCGUCAGUACUUCAAGCGCCUGGAGCGCUGCGAGUAUCUUCCAAAUGGUACCCCUGGUCAUGGCUUCACUGGGUGGCUAGGUACAGAUCGUGCUGAUCUCAGACUGGCACUGGGGGACUUUAAGAUCCUCUCAAUAAUCAGUGCUGCUGCUACUGCUAUGGGUAAUACGAUCCUCGGGCUCAUCCCCGAGAAAGUUUCCCAACUACUUGGACUCCUGCUGCGGGACAUGAAUUCCAUUGAUCCUCGCCGGGAUAUGACUGAGGGUAUCUACCAAAUCCCCCUGACCAUGAGUCACGGGAAACGAAGCGGUGUCCGCGACUUUCUUGUAGAGACUGCCAAGAAGUAUCCGCUGGACAUCAGGACAGGCUGCCUUGCUACCCGUGUGAUUUUCGACGAGAGUUCGCUCGCAAACUCCACUCCGAAGGCGACUGGUGUCGAGUUCCUCGAAGGAAGCAGCUUGUAUAAGGCCGAUCCCCGGUCAAGUUCAUCCACCAAUGGCACUGAACGUCGAGUCCGCAUCUCUCGAGAGGUCAUCCUUGCGGCUGGGGCUUUCGGCACGCCACAGCUUCUGAAGCUGAGUGGCGUCGGCCCAAUGGACGAGUUGCAAAAGUUUGGGAUCCGUGUCGUCAAAGAUAUGCAGGGAGUUGGAACCAAUCUCCAGGAUCGCUACGAGAUUCCCAUCAUUACUGAAAUCAAGGACGACUUCCCGAUCAUAACAAAGUGCACGUAUGGGGAGCCUAAGGACCCGUGCCUCGCAGACUGGCGCCUUCAGCGUGGACCCUAUCUAUCCAAUGGACUCCCCAUCGGGAUAGUGAAGAAGUCCAGUCAAGCAGAUGCUGACCCUGACCUUUUCAUCUUUGGCGGUCCUGCAUUCUUCAGGGGGUACUAUCCUGGGUAUUCGAAACUCACCACUUCGGACAAGAGACACUUCACGUGGGCCGUGCUCAAGGCUCACACACAUAACCAGGACGGAACUGUCAUGCUCACCUCAUCCAAUCCUCGAGACGUGCCAGAUAUCAAUUUCAAUUAUUUUACCACGUCUCAGGGUGAGAUUGAGAAAUCUGAGAGGGAUCUCGGCGCCAUUGCUGAAGGCGUUGCUUUCGCACGACGCAUUAUGGACGAUGUCCUGCCUAUUGCCACUGGGCCCCUUGAAGAAGCAUUACCUGGCCGUCACUUGGCUUCUACUGAGCAGGUGAAAACAUUCAUUAGGAAUGAGGCGUGGGGCCAUCAUGCUUCUUGCAGCUGCCCCAUUGGAUCGGAUGGAGACCCCAAAGCCGUACUUGAUUCUCGCUUUCGUGUUCGCGGUGUGAGCAACCUGCGCGUCGUUGAUGCUUCUGUCUUUCCUCGUAUUCCUGGGUUCUUUAUAGUCCUUCCCAUCUAUAUGGUUAGUGAGAAGGCGACUGAUGUUAUUCUUGAAGAUAUUGGCGAGAGAAGCCAUGUCUGA